GGCAGCCAUGAGUCAAUUCCAGUUUGGCGAGGCCUCGCGCUCGGCUUCCAGCGACGAUGACGACGACAACAUCGCCUCCCUCCCUUUUGCGACGCCGCUCCGCCGCUCAGACUUCCUUGUCCCGGACUUCUCCCCCGCGACCUAUCUUUCCACCCUGCACAACAGACACCAGACGCUCGAGGACCUGCGCUCCGAACUGCGCGCGCGAUCGCAGCUCCUCUCCAAAGAGCUCCUGGACCUGGUCAAUUCAAACUAUCAGGACUUCUUGAAUCUGGGAAACAGUCUGCAUGGCGGCGAGGAAAAGGUCGAGGAGGUGCGAGUGGGUUUGUUGGGGUUCAGGAAAGAGAUUGAUGGCUUGAUGGGUGUAGUGGGGCAGAGAGAGAAAGAGGUCGGCGAGCUGCUAGAGGAGAAGCGCGACGUUAGGCGCAAAAUUGAGGUUGGGCGACGGCUCAUAGACUACGAUGCUAGACUCAAAGAAUUGGAGGCUGAGCUCCUGAUAGACACUCCUGGACAAGAGGCCACGAACCUGGCAGGCGAGGUCUCGGAUAGCGACGAGGAUGAAGACGAAGACGAAGAAGAGGAGGGCUACAGCGUUUCUGUCGCAAAGCUAAGACGAAACGUAGUACAGUAUCAGCUGGUGUUGGGUUUGGAGAAAGAAUUGGGCGAACAUCCAUUUGUUGCGGCGCAGGCUUUGAGGAAAACAAAGGUGCGGACUACAUUGCUGAUGGAUUUGAGUACGGCACUCCGGCAGGCUAAGAGAAAGGGAGCGCAGGGAGCAGGGCGCGUCAUGAAGAUCAUGAAGAUAUACGGAGACAUGGACGAGUCGGCAGAAGCAGUCAAGGUCCUCAAAACACUGAAAUAAUCAUAAUGCGCAUAUUUGACAC